CUUCAUGAAUUGUGUUUAAGGCAGCACUGAUUAUAUUGAGUGGAAGAAUGCUGAUGCUCCAGCUAGAAAACUCUGUAUGAUAAUGCAGUGCGCAGCUAUGAGUCCUGAGAAAAGGGAGAAUGUGAUAAAGCAAUUUAGAAAAUUCCGUCUUCCAUUCUUGCGAGACAUGAAACUUUUCCUGCUGAUGGUUGCUGUACUUCUCUAUGAUCCAUUAGUUCCCGGGCUUGAGAACCCCCAGGCAGUGGAAGCGAUUCAAAAAGAGUAUAAAGCGAUGCUAAGGAGGUAUGUUCUCGUGCACAGUGGUGUUCCAGAAGAGUUUGGAAUGUCAAGAGUACACAAUUGUUUAGCGUCCCUUUCAAUCAUUGCCGAAGUUCUCCUCGAGUUCCAAUAUAAAUAGCUAUAAAAUCACAUAUAUUCAGCCUGCUUAUAAAAAGUCUCAUCAAUUUUUAAGACAGGGUCGACUUUGAAGUGUCGCAACGCCUUGGGCUUUCAUUUUACCGCUCUAACUAACUUGUGGUUUUCUAUAGCCCUUUACAAUUUAGCACUUUAAUGCACUUGUUGUUAGCUUUGUUUUUAAUAAAUUAAUUGGCAAAAUUCU